AUGUCUUCCUCCGAGUACGAUGUCUUCCUCAGCUUUCGGGGAAUGGACACGCGCAAGACAUUCACCGACCAUCUUUACCACUCACUGAAGCGCGUUGCCACAGUAUUUCGGGACAGCGAAGGGUUGGAGAGGGGCAAGGAGAUCAGCGAGCUGUUUGGGGUGAUAGAGAGGUCGGAGAUCUUCAUACCCAUUUUCUCCGGCAACUAUGCCGACUCCAAAUGGUGUCUUCUGGAGAUCCAGAGAAUCGUAAAGGUAGCUGUUGAAGGAGAACGCGGGAGGUUGAUACUUCCUGUUUUCUACAGAACUGAGCCCACCCAUGUGCGAAACCAGACGGGACCGUUUGAAGCCGCUUUCCAGAAGUAUGAGGAAGACGAUAAGGUGGAGGAGGAAACGGUGAAGAAAUGGAGGAAGGCGUUGAGUAUAGCAGCAGGCUUUUCUGGCUACGAAAGUGAGAAAGUAGCAGAUGGACACGAGGCACCGCUUAUUGAAAUGAUUGUUCGGAGAGUUGUAGAAGAAUUAAAGAAUCGACCGCAACAUGCCGAUGAACAGCUCGUUGGAAUCAAGUCACGAGCAAAUGAUGUCAUCAAGAUAUUGGACAUCAACUCUAAAGAUGCAAGAAUGGUGGGAAUCCAUGGAAUGGGAGGACUCGGCAAGACAACAGUUGCAAAGGCCAUCUACAACAAAAUUUACAGACUAUUUGAAUUCCAUGGCUUUAUAAGUGAUAUCAGGAAAAAAUACCUCGAACUAGAUGGACUCGUCAAGUUACAGAGUCAAUUGAUGCUUCAUAUUUUCAAAGAACACAUCACAAUAUCCAAUACCAGUGAAGGAACUUGCAUGAUUCAGAGAAUUUUGAAGAAUAAGAGAGUCUUGAUCGUUCUUGAUGAUGUUAAUAAAGUAGAACAAGUUGAAGCACUAGUUGGAAAACAGGAAUGGUUCCAUCCAGGCAGUAGAGUCAUCAUCACUACGAGGAAUGAGGGACUGCUUAAUGGUCUGGAUGGCUGGGAACAAUCACAUGAGAACUACGGACCAAAAACAUUAAAUGAAGAUGAAUCUCUCGAACUCUUCAGUCGGUAUGCUUUUAGAAAAAACUCUCCGAUCGACGGGUACAGGGCACUAUCCCUGAAAAUUGUUAAGGUUCUCGAUGGUUUACCAUUGGCUAUUAAAACAGUCGCAUCGACUCUGUAUAAGAAGAGAGACACAAAGCAUUGGGAUGAAAUAAUGAAGCGCUGGAGCGGAGUCAGCGAACUUCGCGAUGACGAGAUUUAUAGGACGCUAAGGGUAAGCUACGACGAUUUGAAUAGCAGUGAUGAGAGAUCCAUCUUCCUUGAUGUUGCGUGCUUCUUCGGUGGAAUUGAUGAAGAAACUGCAAUUUAUAUAUGGGAUGGUUGCGGCUUCUCUUCCAGACUUUCGAUUGACGCUCUCAUCGACAAAUCUCUCAUAGAAAUCAUUGAUGGCAAAUUGGAGCUGCAUAACAUGCUGCGAGAAAUGGGCAUGCGUAUUGUUAAAGAACUUGGAACAGGGCCAGAAACACAGAGUAGGCUGUGGGACAAAGAAGAUAUAAUAAAUGUGCUAGAGCAGCAAAAGGGAACAAGUGAAAGUAAAAUAGAAGGAAUCAGCCUUACCAUGCAGAAGGAUGGAAACAAUAUGGCACCGCGUGGAGCAAACGAUAACGACCACAGUGAUAAUGACGAUGAUAGUGACGAGGAGAUCAGACCUGUGGAAGCUGGCGGCUUUGCCUCGAUGAACAAACUUAGAUUGCUUAUGAUCAACAAUGUGAAAUUAAAGGGUGGAUACAGAAGCAUGCCUAAACGUAUCAAGUGGCUCCAAUGGCAAGGGUGCCCCCUGGAAUUCCUCCCACCUGAUUUUGAUUUGAAGGAAGUUGCUGCUCUGGAUCUGUCAUAUAGCAACAUUAUUCAACUUCGAAAGAAGCCGGAAUGGCCUUCGGGCAACAAGGAUUUUGGCGAGCAACCAAACCUUAUGAAACAAAGAAAAGAAAAUGGAACAGUCUUUGGUAAGCUGAAAUUUCUUGAUCUGACUGCCUGCAAUGAGUUAACCGUUACUCCUGAUCUAUCUGCGUUCCCUAAGUUGGAGAAAUUGGUGCUGGAUCGCUGUGAUAAUUUGGUUAAGGUGCAUGAAUCCAUAGCAAAUCUCAAGAUGUUGAUCGUAUUGAGCAUGAGAAGCUGUGGAAAGUUGAAGGAGCUGCCUGACUGUAUAUCACGAUUGACUUCACUCGAACAGCUGUACCUUGCGAACUGCAUUGGCUUGGAAAGACUGCCGGACUGCAUCGAUCAACUGGCAUCUCUCAAGGAACUUGACCUCUCCAAUUGCACCAUCUCGAAAGCAUCAGCUUCAAUGGAUGAGCUUCGAACAGGUCAUAGCGUUUCCGACAUCUACAGUGACCGUAGAAUGGCUCCGCCUGUAUCACAGCAUACUCCGUUUAAAUUAGGUACAGUGAAAAUGCUUAAGCGUAUUGUCUCCCAUAAUUUGAAACAAGUGCUCAAGUUCCUCAGAAGGUGCUCCAUGUAUCCUAUAGAGCCAUUUCACAUAGUCCCCCUCGUACCCGGUGGCGUCUCAGCCCGGCGCCCAGGCCUAGGAGAGGCGGAGCGGGGAAAGGAGGAAGAAGGAGAGGCGGAAGACUGUGACCUAUCGGCCGUCCCCCAUCUUCCCCCUCCACCCUCCUCCGCCCCUCCUUCUUCCCCCUUCCCCCCCUCCCCUUCACCUCCUCCGCCUCUCCUUCUUCCCCCUCCCUCCCCUCAGCCUCUCCUUCUUCCCCCUUGCCCCCCUCAGCCAUGUCACAUAGUCCCCCUGGUACCCGGUGGCGUCUCAGCCGGGCGCCCAGGCCUACCAUCGGGCGUGGUAUGGUGCGCGCCUCCCACGUGGGACCUACCCCACUGUUGCAUCGAUGAUGAACGCCAUUUAAAAAAGCUUGAUCUUUCAAGAUCAAGGAUACAGGAGUUGCCGGUCUCCAUUUCUCUCCAAAAAAAUCUUCGCGUACUGAAUUUCGAUGACUGCCAACUGCUAGCAAAAGUACCAGGAUGGAUUGCAGACUUAUGCCUUCUGGAAGAGCUUUCGCUCUCAAACUGCCCAUUAAUCACAGAACUGCCUCGCACUAUAGGAUCACUGACAAAACUCCGGCACCUAAACCUAUCACAUUGUAACAGAGUCCAAGUUUUACCUGAUCGCAUCGGAGAUCUUAAAUCACUCACCGAGCUUCUCUUGCAAGAAACAUCAUUGGUAGAAUUGCCAGAGUCGGUGGGACGGCUGACGAAGCUGAAGAUAUUACAUCUUGGUUCUUGCCGGCGUCUCAAGAGAUUGCCAUUUUCGAUUGGAGAUUUAGAAAACCUGACUGAGCUUCUCCUUGAUGGCACUAAUAUCGGGGAGCUACCAAGUUCAAUAGCUUCGUUACGAAAGCUAGAAUUGAUGUCUGUAAGAGGAUGUAGGAGACUGGAACACAUGCCAGAUGAACUGAGCGAAGACUUGCUUCUCCUGCAUUGAGAAUGGCAAGUAGAUCAAAAUGAUAUCAACUAAUUAGUCUGAUUUGGUGCGUGAAGAAAAAGUGGCAAAUACUACCAUAAUUAAUCAACGACUACAUCACAUGGGAGAUUUGCUUACAGGUGCGUGCAGAAAGUAACAAAGCAAUUCGAAGAAGGAACUGAUCGUGGAAUUUGAUGAAUCUAAAGGUAAUUUAAAUGUACUUGACGUUCCUGACAGGGAGAUUGUUUGAAAUUCUUCUCCAAUCUAUAAUUCAGCCUAUGUGCUUUCACUUGG